GGCAAACACCUUGAGGUUGUCUGGAACUGCUCUUGUUCUAUAGCUCGGUCCCAUGUUUUACACGCAGAAUUAACACUUGCCUGCUUUGCGCGUUGAGCUACAAUCAGAAAUCCGUGGCCGGAGGCGGAUACACGACGCCCAUGUCUCUCUUGGCGCCGCGAGUCCAUAUGGAAGUAUGGAUGUGACUUCACAAAAUCGGGACCCAGCUGUCGCCUGUACGAGAAUCUGCGAAUAUCGGUUGUUGCUAGAGGCUAAUUUGAUUACUUCCUCCUGAAAUUGUAACUUUGGGAUCGAGCGGGUCCUCGUAAUUCUGAUUUUAUUCAUAUCGAACCUCCCAGCCUCUAGAUGCACAUGACUCUUCCAUGUCUGAGACAAUCGCUGUAUCUACAACAGCAAAACACAUCAUGUGAGGGCACAUCAGCGCUGCACUGCUGGGCAUCUUUGGAUAGACACUAGAGGCGUGGAGGCCAUAGACUUCAAUAUCAUUCUUAAAGGAGAGAUGGAAAGUGUUAUGACUGUAAAAGCAGGAAUGACUUGACCUUAGACCAGCAAGUGCACGAGGGGCUCGAUUGAAACCUUUGCAAGACUGGACACGGAAGUGACAGAUGAUUGUGUCCGAAGACAACACCGCUUGAGCCCGCCCACACAUCGUACAUAACAAGUGCGUGGAGAACAGUCGAUUGACGAGUCAUUAUAGUCGCCUCAUGGCGAAUGUAUCUUGACAGAUGCGAAACCCGAGUGCUGUGAAGUCUCGACGAUGGAGAGCAGGUUGAUGUCACACCGGAUCAGAAGCAUAUCAUGGGGGAUGAAAGAUGAAAGCCUCUGGUGCGGAGGCUGCUGGAGGUUUAUUCGUGGUAUGCUUGGUAUGACUACUGCAAUAGGUGAUAAUUUGUCGAGGCCUUGUAUAAUAUCAGAUAAAUAUCACUUAAAGUUCAAGGUCAUCGUGAGGGCUAAUGUGUGCUAGUUGCUGAUGGACUGUGGGACAUUGCGACAUUGCUCUUUGUUGCACUCAGAGUAGAGCUCAUCCUCCUGAAGCACCAUCACUUCUGAUCGUACUGGCAUCAGCUAGAGAUAGCGCAGGUAACAUCAAGUGUUCCCUAUAUUUUCAGUCUCCACCUUCGGUGAAUGUUGCAAACGAUGGGACUUUGGAACUUUUCCCAACUAGUUAGUCCAAAUAUAUCGUGAAAGCUAACUGAAGAGUAGUCGCUCUUACCAAUUGU